AUCAUUUUAACCAAACGUUUCGUAAUAGAGAGCGUAUAGCACAAGUAGAUGGCGUUAAGAUUGGCGCAAGCAGCGUAGCGACAGACUUAACCUCUGUCGAGCAAGCAGCGUCUAAUAGCGGCUAUUCAGAAGCGACAAAGUACCAACGAAAUAGAGAAAUGUUCUCAAAAUCAACAAGUGGUGUUGACAAACCGGAAAUUGAAUUUAAAAACACACCCACAAGAAGCGUGACUACACAGUUUCCUUUAGACUUUAAUCAAGACAAGUUUCUCUGGUACAAUGUUUGGUUACGAACCUACCAAACUCUGCAAGACGCUUUUAAAGUUUUUAUAGUUUUCAGGACUUCAAAUAUGAAUAAUGUUAAUCAUCGGCCUAAACACUGGACCGUACAGCCAAAAUUUACUGACAGUCAACAGGCUUUAUAUAGUGGGCAGCGUAUUCAUCCAUUAAGUAGACCAAAACAUUUAUUGUAUCAAAGACAAAGUAAAGACAAAAGAAGGAUCAUAGCUGUCGCUAGAAACAACAAACUUCAAUCACGUGUUAGACGAUUGAUACAGACUCAUCGAAAUUUGGAACCUGGUGACAAAUUAAAAAGUGUUGCUAAAAAUGACGAGAUGAGGAACAAAUUAAAAUUGAACGCGAUUGGUAUUCAAGUCACAAAUGGUGGGAAUAAGAAAGGAGAGACGGGAGAUAUGCAGAAAUUGGAGAGACUUAAAAGAAAUGACCAUAUUGUGAGUCAUUGUGAAUGCUGCCAUAGUGAAUGCUGUCAUGGUGAAUGUCACGGUGAAUGCCACAAUAAAGGCUCGAGUAGCCACUGCAACUGCAAGGACUGUACUACAUCGACUCACGACUUGACCGACAGCUCGCACACUUCCCUGGCAGGAUCACUUUCAACCGUCUCCUACCCGCCCAAAGUGAGCAAGGCUGAAUCGUCCACAGAGCCUAAGACUUUGUCGACUCCCGAACCCGUUACCAGCGCCACUGCCGGCAUCACGUCAAGUGCGCCCACCUUGAUUUUGGCGCCUACCACCACCGCAGCAAACGCACAUCAGGCGCAGCGUCCAUUGACGUUUACCACAACUAAUCAACCACCUAUCGUUAAUACAGGAGACAAAACAACAGAAAAAUUAAAGCAGAUUUUGACUACUGAAGAAGUAAGUACAACGCCAACAUUUGAAAACUUGACUACAGACAUUCCACAAGAUUUUCAAUUCAGAGAGAAAAUUGUCACCAAAAUGCGGUGUAAUACGUCAUCUGUUGAGGAUUGCUUGGCAACGGUCAUCAAUUUGACCUCAGACUCGCGCAAGCGUAACCAGAAUGUGAUGACAUCAUUUUACGAACUGCUUGACGAUUUAUCAGAGAUGAUUGGAAAAGGGGCGGUGACCCAAUUGGUGGAUGACAUACAGCUGUAUGCCCGGAUCCUUGAUGUGAAUCUUGGGUUUUGUCAACCUUAUGAAUCUUCUUGCACUGAAAAGAGAAAAUCUGAUCUACUGGAAAAGGCGGAACUAUUUACGGAUAAUGUGGUUCUAUCUGAAGACAGCGACCCCGACUUUAAAGAAUUUUCCUUCACUCUUGAUCAGUUAGAUAUGUUUAUGGUGAAAUCAGUUUACGGCGCUAUAAGGGGCAGAACUCUGCAGAUGAAGUCAGGGGUGAUAACUAUCGAGGACAUCGCUCCUAGUCAACAAGUCAAUAAUUCAGCUCGUAUAUUUGUCUCCGCUAUGAUAAUGCAUCUACCGAGGAGCAACGUUCAAUUUAUCCACCAAAGUCAAGACGACCUUUUCGAUGCCGCGCUGGUGAGUCCAGUCUUGACCUUGAAAGCGUACAUGGAGAAGUCAAAGGUCAAUGUCAUCCACAACUUUUCUCUUCUGGCAAAAUCUUACGAGAAUGACAGCAAUGUCGCAGUUUGUGCUUUCCAAAGAGCUAAUGAAAGUAACAACCCUGAUGGCGAUGUUUGGGACACAAAGGGAUGUAUGGUCGUCGAAGAUCAGGGACCACCAGCGGGCUUCGCCGCGCUUGGCCCUCUUAUUGACCGUUCGGGAGGCCCCCAUGGCCACAGACACAAUCUCAGCGCUUUACGGCAAGAGCGUGUCAUCGAAUGUCACUGCAACCACACCACCAACUUUGCAAUCUUGAUGCAGACAGUAGAAUUUCAGGUGAAAGAUGCAGAUGCGCUAGCACUAAGUAUCAUUACUUAUAUUGGAUGUAGUGUUACUUUGAUUACACAGAUCAUGGCCAUCACAGUCUUUACCUGCAUAAGGUCCCUCAACUCUGAGAGAGUUUGUGUGCAUAGAAAUUUAUGUAUCACUAUCAUGAUGGCGCAAGUAACUUUCAUCGCUGGGGUGACUGCUGUGGACGAUAAGGUUGUAUGUGCUGUGGUCGCUGUUGCUCUCCAUUACCUGUACACUGCCACCUUUGUCUGGAUGCUAGUUGAGGGACUACACCUGUAUAGUCAGGUAGUGCGCGUCUUUGGUACUGAGAAGUCCAGGAUAUUAUACUAUAUUUUCUUUGGCUGGGGUGUACCUCUGGUGCUGGUUGCUAUAUCUGCUGCUGUAGACUGGGAUGGAUACGGUAAUAACAGAAGCUGUUGGCUGUCUAUCCAAAGGGCUACAAUUUGGGCAUUUGUUGGUCCAGCCAUUGCCAUAAUCUUAGUCAAUUUGGUCAUUCUCAUAUUAGUCCUACGUAUUGUGAUCACCUCUUCUAAAGUUGACAAACAAGACUCCAUGAAGAAUGUCAGAGCUGGAAUCAAAGCAAGUUUAUUUUUGGCACCACUUCUUGGUUUGACCUGGAUCUUUGGCUUGGCCUCAGUCAGUGAACAGCUUGUAGCUUUUCAGUACAUCUUUGCCAUUUUAAACUCACUCCAGGGUUUCUUCAUUUUUCUCUUCCACUGUGCAUUAAAUACUGAAGUCCGACAAGCUUUGGCAAGGCUACGAGAAAGGCGCUCUUUGCAGAAAGGAGAUUUUGGAUCUUCUACUUCCAGUAGUCGACCUUCUUCAUCAGAUUCUAGAUCAUCUUCUGGUGGAGGUAUCACUGUCAGUGAACGUUGGACGUCUAUGACCAAAAGUAGAAACAGAAUUGAGCCAUCAAUAUCUAAUAAGGAAACAUUGCCAGAUAUUUUGUCCCAAGAUGAAACAUUCAAAUCUCAAGGACUGAACUGGAAAACUAAUUUACUCUGAGUGUAGUGCUCUCCCUUGAGUUAGUUCAUCAUGGUUUAUACAAUUGUUUGAUGUAUGUUUUGCAAUAUUUAUUUUCUAUGGAGGUUUACAUUUGUUUAUGUUUGAUAUGUUUUACUUAGUAUGUGUAUUCAGUUCAUUGUUUCAGUAUUGUAAUCCACUCAAACAUAAUGCUGUAUAAUACAUGUCUAAAAUCUUUUCAAAAUCUGAUUUCUGUCUCUCCACAACAUCAAAGUGACAAGGUUCUUUGUGUAUAGCAAGGUCUCGAGUUGCUUCAAUGAUACUAUCUUUGCCAUUGAGAUAAAUUUAUGACUGACACAAAAGGGGAGACAAUUUACCAAAUUAAAAAUAAAAAGAUUUUACACAUUUAUUUUUUAAAUCACAAUUUAAAAUACUAAAGUUUCAGUUAAUCUCAAAUCACAUAGAAUGAAGCUAUUUCUAUUUUUUCUAGAAUUUAGUAGCUAUAAAAGUGACCUAAUUCAAACUAAUACAUUUGCUAUUAAAAUAAACAUAGCUAUAGAUAUUUAGCUAAUGAAAUAUGGCUUCUAAAAUUCAUUUUCAAUUGUUUAAUCUGCAGAGGUUAGUGUCACUAUUUAUAUAGUAAUAAUUUAUUUUAUUUCUAAAUAUUCUUUAAUCAUCUUCAUUUUAAAGAAUUACAAGUACACUUUAGUCAAACUAAAUGUUUUAAAAGUUCUUGUAAUUUACUAAACAAAAGACAGGCAUAUUUAGUAUUCAUCGUCAAUGUACCUAGGGCAGGCUAGAGAAUAGCCUCCUGCCCAUUGUAAAAAAAAAAAUAUUAAAAAAUUGACACAAGUGUAUUCACUUACGAUU